UUGUGCAACUUUUUGUUUUCUCCUUUGUCUUGUGUGCAAUAUUUUCGUGACCCAAUCUGUGAUUGCCGCCAAAUAAAAAUAUCUGCGAGCUUGUCACCGGUGAGUAGUGCUCAUCUCUGGACUCGCUGCUUCGUUAUCUGGCGCGCCAUAUGUGUGCCUGUGUGUGCGAGUCGGCUCUCGCCAGAGCGCGUGGCGUGAGCGGCUAACAGCUGUUACGGCGACUACAGCUUGGUAACAGCGGCAUUUGUAUGGCAUUUUCAGCCAUAACAGCGGGCUAACAGGUCGCGAGAGCAACGAGAGCGGCGAAUGAACGAACGAACUAAACAAAACGACAAACGGCGAUUUGAGGCCUUUGCCGUUUGUUCGACGGUUUCAAAACGGUCACACUGAAGCAAAAACAUUUGGGCUCGGAGAACGAUUAACACAAGCGGACUGAAAUUUUUUUGUUUUAGUGUUGCGAAAAAGUUUGUGGGAUUUUUCUAAAAUCGCCGGAAAAUGUGAAAAAUAUUUGGUACGAAAUCAAAAAUCGUUUAUGUGCAAUGUUAGAGCGGCAAACGGCGGCAGUAGCAGCGGCAGCAUCAACAUCGACAUCAGCAACAACAACAACAGCAGCAGCAGAGCCAGCAACAAAAACAAAAACAACCGUAACACAACAAACCCAACAACAACAACAACAGCCAACAAUGUGAAUUGCUUUUUUUUUAUUGUAAACGAAAACCGUAUCAAGUGCAUAAGAAAAAUAAAUAAUAAUAACAAAUAAUAUAUAAUAAAAUAUAUAUAGAAAAGAAAAGUGGAGCCGAAAAAAAGCCGCCAAAAAAAACAAAUCACUGAAAAGAUGUAAGAUAGCGGAAAAAGGCGGAUAGAAAAAGAGGAGAGAAGAAGAAGAAGAGAGUGCGAGAGGCGAACAACAACCGUUAAUUUUCGCUCAGUGGAGGCAGGCAGGCAACAACAAACAAACAAGCUAACAACAAACAGCAACAAACACAGCCCCCCGCCCAGCCAAGGUCAACUUUUGGUGUUUUUUGGGGCCCAACAACACAAAAUGCACGCGUGUGUCUGCUGCUGUUCGACAAACAACAAUUGCAACAACAACAACAAGAACAACGACGGCAGCAGCAGCAACAACAGCAGCAGCAGCAGCAGCAGCAAUAACAACAACAAAAGCAGCAGCAACAACAAAUUGCAGCUAAAGAAGCACAAGGAAGAGGAAGCAUUCGAACCGGAAGCGGUACAGGUCAAGGAGCAGGAGGAGCAGCAGCAGCAGCAGCUGAGGAAGCGGGAGCGGGAGGAGUUGUCUGCUGGCCAAAGCGCCAGUGGCGGCGACAACGACAACGAUCUCAACGGCGCCGCAACGAGGAGGCGGUGGUGGCUGCGCGGUCCUCCAGGAUCAGCGGAAGCGGAAGCGGAAGGAGGAGAAGAAGGGGGUGCAGCAGGAGCAGGAGCAGAAGCAGGAGGAUCCAAAGCCCGAGCGACAACGACGACGACGUGGUGUCCACCAGGCGUCGUUGCGGUGACGAUAGCGCCGCCGACGUUGUUGCUGUCGUUGCAGCGGCAACCACUACUGAUCAGUAACAGCAGCACCAGCAGCAGCACAAGCAGCAGCAAAAGCACCAGCACCAGCAGAACAACAAAAUCCUUAACAACAACGACCACCUCAGCAACAGCCUCCAUCAAUAUCCUUAACCAACACCAAUACCAAUACCAAUACCAAUACCAAAUCCCAAUCCUCGCCAGUCACGCCUUUUGAGUGCCUCAUUUUUGUGUGUAGUGUUGUAUGUGCGUGCGUGUGUUGCAAAAGUGUCCAAAACUGAAAAAGUAUCGUAACUAAAAAACACUACCAAACACUAAAACUGAAAUCUUUUGGCAACCUGUGCAACAACUGUCAAAGAACAAAUCAAGAAGCACAGCUCCGCUCCCUUGACAAAAAUCAGAACUCUACCGAACUUCAACGUUGUCGGAGCUCCAAGAAAAAAAAAAAAAAGAA